UGACGUACGCGGAAGUGCCGCCAAAACCGCCUUUGUCAUUAUUUUUAAACAUGUAGCUACAUAACACCGGCAACCAGCAGAAGAAUAAAUAUUGUUCCUACUCUUGAAUCAGACGAUAAAACAAAAUUUAACCGAUCCGACAAGUUGGACAAGUUACAGAGUAGAGUUAUUGAAACAACACAAGGCAAGAUGGAGAAUGCAGGAUCGACAAAAGAGGAGAACCUCCUUUCUAGAAUAGCGCUGAAUGACAACAAGGCUGGGAUGGAGGGACUUGACAGGGACAAGAUAAACAAGAUCAUCAUGGAGGCAUCAAAGGGUUCCAGGUUUUAUGAGAACGAGGUGAAGAAAGAGCAACAGGUGAACCAGCGAAUUGAGAAAUUGAUGCAACAAAAGGCUCAGAUCACAGAUCAGCAGCUAAAGAAGGCACAAACACAGGUGGAAAAAAUGGCUUCUGAGCUUGAGAAAACUCGUGAUCUAAGCCGAGUGAUUGUACAUGUGGACAUGGAUGCCUUCUAUGCAGCUGUAGAGAUGAGAGACUGCCCUGAGCUGAAAGACAAACCCAUGGCUGUCGGAUCCAUGAGCAUGCUGUCGACAUCGAACUACCACGCCAGGAAAUAUGGAGUCCGAGCAGCAAUGCCUGGCUUCAUUGCAAAGAAACUUUGCCCCAGCCUGGUGAUCGUUCCUCUUAACUUUGACAAAUACAGAGCCGUGAGUGAGGAGAUAAGGGAGAUCUUUGCCGAAUAUGAUCCUAACUUUCAGCCAAUGAGCCUGGAUGAAGCCUAUUUAGAUUUUACAGAUCACCUGGAGCAGAGGCAGAGCUGGCCAGAGUCCUCACGUACGCACCGCUACAGAUCCGGGAGCAACACGCCAGCUGAUAAGCAGCUUGAGCCUCGUCAGAAAGACGAAGGGACAGACCUCUCCCCGAUCCUGUUUGAGGACAGUCCGAGCUGCUCUGAAGAGGAUGCAGGCGGUCCCUUUGAACUGUUUGGGACAUCUGUCGAAGAGGCUGUAAGAGAGAUGCGCUUCCGUAUUGAGCAGAGGACCACGUUGACAGCCAGCGCAGGAAUCGCUCCUAACAUGAUGCUUGCCAAGGUGUGCAGCGACAAGAACAAGCCCAACGGACAAUACAGACUGCCCCCCACCAGAGAGGCGGUCAUGGACUUCAUCCAGAAACUUCCUGUCCGCAAAGUUUGCGGGAUUGGGAAGGUGAGCGAGAAAAUGCUGAACGCCCUGGGCAUCACCACCUGCUCUGAUCUCAGCAAGCAGAUGGCGCUGUUGUCAUUGCUGUUCUCUGAGACGUCUUGGCAUCAUUUCAUCCAGAUUUCUCUGGGUUUGAGCUCCACACACAUACCCAGGCAUGAAGAACGAAAAAGCAUAAGUACUGAAAGGACAUUUAAAGAGCUGAGUAAACCCGAGGAGCAGUUUUCUUUCUGCAGAGAGCUGUGUGAGGAUCUAGCAGAGGACUUGAAGAAAGAAGCUCUGAAGGGUAAAACGGUCACUCUGAAGCUAAAGAAUGUGAACUUUGAGGUGAAAACCAGGGCACAGACGCUCCCCUAUGCCGUGGCCACAGUGGAGGACAUCUUUGCUGUUGCUAAAGACUUACUGAAAAUGGAAAUAGAAAAUGAAAGCCCUCAGCCACUCCGACUGAGACUCAUGGGUGUUCGGAUAUCCACCUUUGUUAGCUCAGAUGACAAAACUCCGAUGCAGAAAAGCAUCAUUAGCUUUCUUCAGCCAGGCAAGACAGACUGCGGUCGUCCUUCCCAAAUAAUGAACCAAAUUGCAGUAGAAGGUAAUUCAUGUGAUCAGUCCAUCCAGACAUCUCAGUUUGUCCAUGAUCCACCAGCGAAGAAUGGUCCGAAACAAAGCAAGGCUUUGUGGAGGAGUAAGCAGAGGCCCCCUGGAGAGGAACCACAGCAGUCUUUCUUUCAAAGAGCUCAGGCCAACAGACUACAAAUCCAGGCUGCAAAAGCAACUUCACUGGAUGAAGGAUGUGAUGUUCCUCUGAUUACCUCUAACAACAGGGCAGAGUCAUCGAAACAAGCAAACACAAUUGAAUGUGCAGUCCUAGAUUCUGAAAAUGUCCAGACUUUGCAGUCUCAUGCAUCCAUGUCAGGUUGUUGGGCUGUCACAGAAACCCUCACAUGUCCUGUGUGCUUCAGGAAAGUGGAGACCGCUGAUCUGAAUGUCUUUAACGGGCAUAUAGACUCCUGUCUCAGUGACGCUGCAAGGAAGGAAGACUCAGACUCUGAGUCGGACCUGAAUCCAGAAAAUCACCGCCUAAAAUCUGUAGUUGCACCCGAACAGGAGAAGCAGUUUGAUUCGAGCAGAGCAUCACCUCAAGAAGGACAGCAGACCUUGAAGAACGAUUUGGAUUCACCGAUUAAAGCUGGCAGCAAGCCUGGGGCCCUUCCACAGCAGUCACCCCACAGUGAUCGCCCCCCCCUUACCUGCCCCAUAUGUCAGCAGAUCCAAGAGACGGACGACCUCGCCACCUUCAACCACCAUGUGGACCUCUGCCUCAAUCAGGAGGUCCUGCAUGAACUCGGAGGUCAGGUGGCAUUUUCUGGAAAACACCCUGCUGUUAAAAAUAACCAAAACAUUGACGUCGGGCAUCCCCUGCCAAGGCAAGCCAGUAAAGGAAAGAGCAAACGACGAGACACACCUUCUUCUCCUCCAUCUAAAAAAGCCAAAAGCUUAGGAUCCUGCAACACCAUCGACAAGUUCUUCAGGUGAAUGUAACGACGUGGGAAAUGUCAGGAAGCCGGGUUGAAUUGAAGAUAUUUCCUGCAACAAUAAGAGCCACUCUGAAGGUUUUAUGCUGGCUAGCUUUAGUCCUGCCAGGACCUGGCAGCCCCGCACAUAAGGACACAUUCUUAGCUUUCUGCUGCUACCAGAAGCCAAGCACUUGCACUGAUUAAUUCCUUUUAAGCAAUAAGUAAAUUUGGAGGUGACUUUUAAAGUUUGCAGAUACCAGAUUAUUUAUAUAUAUAUAUAGUUUUUUGGCAACAUAAUGGGUUGUGUAUUGAACAUUGGUAUAAACAGCCACAUGGUCGUCUUUGAAAAUAGAUUUUAUAUUUAGCAAAACAGCAAAAAAGGAGUGAAAUACAACAUAAUACAAUAGUAU